GGUUGCUAUAGCACUGGUUGCUAGGUAACCUAAUGAAAUAAUUUGUCAACUAGCAGCAGGCAGACAUUCAAUUAGAGAGCAAGUCAUGAGCUUACAGGAAGAGGGUCCCCAGGAGCCCCAACAGGAGACACUGCAGCAGGUAGCAGCCAGAAUAGUUCAGAAGGCCUGGAAAAGAUAUGUGUACAGACAGAUCUUCAAGUAUUUCAAAGAACUUAUCAGCCAUUGCAACCUGCUGGAUCCCCAGACCUUCUUCAAAAGUGUGAAUCCUCGAGAGGCAGAGUUGCUGGAUGCUGCUGCUGGCGUGUUCAUCAGGUUUCGACUCGGAGGGAUUACCUUUCCCCCCAGCAUCUAUUACAAGAUCUUCACCCAUCGACCCAUCGCAGACAUGUGUGCCAGCAGCCCGAGGGACUACACACAGCUUGGCCUAAAGAAGCCUGUGGCCCAGCAGACCAACAAUCGCUGGCCUCUUAUACAGGAGGACCGAUCAAGAUGGUACCAGCGCAAGGAGAACAACGGCUGGAGGCUCUUCUGUAGCAAGGUGGAUCCCAUGGGUGAGCCCAGAGAGAUCGGUGCUAACAAGAAAAUGGAGUUUCACUAUUCCAGGUUGCGCCGGCAGCAGGAUGUAGACAAGUGGAGGAAGAAGAGGAAAACUGAAUGGCUGAAGCAGAUAAACACUGCUCCUGAACUGCCUGAAACGCCUUGCUUGAAGACCCACCUUUUCUUCCGUAACGUGGUGAUGUCACGAAGUAACACUGACAUAAUACCUACCUAGUGGAUAGUUUGGCAUGCAUCAAACAAAGCUAGACAGAGGGUGAUAAGAGGUGCUGCAGCACAGCCAGUAUGAGAAAAAUAAAGCGUUUUUUUGAACAUUAAAGCAUGUAAACAUGUUCUAGUAGAAACCCAAAAUACAAGCAUGCACCUGAAAAUGAGCACAAUAGGUCCUCUUUAAAUUCCAGUCACAGAGCUAAGCAUGAGUCAAUUCCUAUUGACCUUUGAAAACCCUAGGUCAAUUAACAAAACACUGCUAUUUUAAUGGUAUAUUGAAAGUUGUGACUCUUUAAUCCAUGUAGACACACAAAAACUAAAAAUGACUGAAAAUAUCAAAUAAUUGGCAAUGAUUAAUAUGGACAAAUAAAACCGUACAAAUUAUUGCGCAUAUUAACCAAGGGCAUGGGCAAUUUCUGGGUUCUAUCUUUAUCUAGAUUAGAAAAUGGACUCACAAAAUAUUUUUUUAUUAUGCAGCUAACUGAAUAUUUUAUUUGUUCUGAAUGGACAGUUAAACCUUGAAAACAGUUAAGUGUUGCAAAAUGACCUUAUGGGUUUUUAGCCAUAGUGGUGUGACCACUUUGGUCCAGGAAAAUUACCAUGAAAUUUUGGUCCCCAGAGAAUGAA